AUGUCAUCUCGCUAUGCAUCCUCACCAGGCCGCGGCCAAUUAGGGCGCAGUCGUAUUAACAGCUCCGCUGCAUCUUCUGUGAUCACCAAGAAGAAACCUGAGCCCGAAGGAAAACAUGAGUCAGCAGAGUCAGAUGUUGAUGACACUCCCCAAACUUCCGGCGAGAAGCGAAAGAGCCCAGAGUCGGAGCUUGACCCGUCCAAUCGACCUACUCGACGAACAAGACCUUCCCCAGAGUCAGAGCGCCUCUAUAAUUCUCUGCAGAGCCAUGAUUCGUUGCAGUCCCAUAAUGCAAAGGCACAAGAGACAUCAGACCCCGCAGACGUUGCCAGGGCACUUCCAGAGGAGGCUUCCUACAAUUCACGAAAGUCCCGUAGGACGCUAGAGAAUCUGGAUUUUUUGCAGUUCCACGAUGCCCUGAAGUCCGUAGAGACAGAGAGCGUGCGGGGGCCCGAAACUACCAGUAGUGCAGGGUCCAUUGUAUCGCCUCAAAACCAAGCUUUCGCCAACUAUCGAGAAGGUGCUGGACACAGCGCAACUACUAUUGAAGGUAUUUCACCCCCCGUACCCCUGGCUCAAGAGCCCCAUGGAGGGGACUUAUGGGUGCAUCAUGAACCCGUAUCUCCACCCAAGUCCUAUCUCUCCGGGAAAGAACAACGUUUGAAUAAUAUGCUAACAGCUGUGGGCCAUUCUCGCAGUGUACGGUUAAGAAAUUUGAGCAUUUCAUCACCUCGCCCUCCUGUUCCUAAUUCUGAAUCUUAUUUAUCCAUGCAGUCUCGAGCCCCACCCAAGAUGGAUCCAGAAAAGCAUUCAAGGCUUGCCAUUGGGAUGCCUAGGAAUGUGAAACCUUCCAGUGAACUAAGCGGCAAGCCCCCAACUUCAAGUCCUGCAUUUACUCCGAGCUCAAAAACUUCUCCAGAAGACCUCUCGCCUCCUAGUCCCGUGGGAAGCCCACCGAAUAUCAACUGGGCUGCCAUGCAAAUUUUGACUCGCUUAUCUAUCGGACAUACGGACUCCGUGGAGAAACAUUCGCCGUUCCAUGUUCACCCUCCAUCGCACCCUAAGAAGACACCUCGUGCUAAAGCAACAUCUUUUUCUCGGCAGUCUAAUCAAGAUAGACCAGUAGAUGGAGGGGUAUAUCAAUCGGUCAAAAAGGUGUUUGGCUCAUUUUUGGGAGGACUUCCAAAGCUUCCUCUGAUCAACUUGAUCCCUGUAUUUAACAACACGGUGAACGUGCCUGAAGUCGAAAUACCGCCUGCCAAUCUGCCACCUCUCAAUCUCCGUGCAGAAAUAUCAGGAUAUGAUUCUGCAGACAAUGUGUCGAAUGACUAUACCAAAAAAGAAACAAUGGGACUAAGAAAGAGGUCAAUCCAUUUCGAAACGAACAGACCAAAGUCAGAAGCCGAAGAGCUUAAACAGUUGAGUGAAAGGAAAAAGAGACAAUUGGAUGAGAUCGAAGAACUAGAAGUGGAGAUCAAUUGGUUAAUGGAAUUUGGAACAGAACAAGAGGAGAAAGUGGGAGAAUUGGAAGAAUUGCUCGAGGAACUAGAGCAGGAAAGGGAUGAUUUGGAGGAGAAAAUAGGGAAUAUGAUGAAUGAGCUUGGGGAGCUUAGGGAAAUUAGAGAUGAUCUGACGAGGGACUUGAAUAGAGGAUGGGCGGGGCAGGAUAGACUGAACAGGAGAACGUGGGAUACGAAAGGGGAUACGAAAGGGGAGGGAGGUCAGAGCUGGUCUCGAAGAAGAAAGAAUCUUUCGGAUGGAUCUAGUCCGACAAGAUAUCAUGAGAGGCGUUAG